AUGGCUCUCGCCACUUCCCCGGGGUCUCUCGCCUCCAGAACGUUUUAUGACUCUGGCACCCUUGGCGGCUGGGACUACGUCCGCAAAGAGCACAAGGGAACUGUCGACCAGGUCACCAAUGUCGUCUACAAGGGUGAGGCUAAGGGUGGCUCUGCUCUCAAGAUGACGCAGACCUACGACUCCAGCUAUCACGGCCGAUACCACUCCGAGGUCGACCACAACUACGGCUACAGACGCGGCGAUUCUUCCUUUUACGGUUUCGCCUUUCGUCUGUCCGACGACUGGGAUUUCCAAGACCAGUCCUACAACAUUGCCCAGUUCAUUGCCAACCGCCCGGGUGCGGGCUGCGGCGGAGAUGAUUACAUGCCGAGUACCAUGGUGUGGGUGCAGGGUGACCAGCUCUUCUCCCGAAUUAUCACCGGCCACUAUCGCCGGCCGAAUUGUGGUCGAAACAUCGACACCCUUCGAAACCUUGGCCAGAUUACUGCUGGACAGUGGCACAAGGUCAUCAUGCAGGUCAAGUGGGCCAGUGACGGCUCUGGUUUCUUCAAAAUCUGGCUGGACGGAAACAAGGUUGUUGAGAGAUACAACACUGCCACAACCGUUGAUGACGACAGCGUUUUCCAGUUCCGAGUGGGACUGUAUGCAAACAGCUGGCACGACGAUGGCUAUAUGAAGGGCAACCAAGGCCUUCGUCAGAUUUGGUACGAUGAGAUUGCCAUAGGAACCGAGUUCAGGGAUGUCGACCCUGAUCAGCAGUAG